AAAAAAAACCUACCCUCUUCUCUUCCUCUCUGAAGAAAUGUUUCUGAUCCCACUCUGCAUCCUUGAAUACACAACUUCCCCUUUUCUACUAACUUUCCAUUUAAGCCAUCAUCCCCAGAAAAAAACCUCUGUUACUUUCUCUUUUCUUUCAUUUUUUUAAUCUGACCCACUACUCUCUCUGCAAUUCCUUCACCUCUGUUUAUCUACUUUUUCUCUCUUCUCUCAUCUCCUAAUCCUAGAGGAAUCCUAUUGCAAAAAAAAAGAAAAAAAAAGCCUAUAAUCAUAAGCCACUCAUGAUAUAAUCAUAUAAUCAAAAGCUCCAUUGCUUUUCAGCUGCUCCUCCAAGAAAUAGCUUCUCUUUGAAGUUCUAAACUAUCCUUUUUUGCUAGUUUGACUAGAUUAGAUCUCCAUCAUUCUCAUGUUCUCAAGCUCAAACCAAAUAAUGAGAACAUCAUCACCUUUGCCUGAUCUUUCCUUGCAGAUCAGCCCACCAUCGGUUUGUGAUUUUGAAGCAAUAAAGAAAGUGGACUAUGAUGGAGGAUUAACAAGGAAAGCUUUUUACAGUGAUAGGAGCUCGACUACUGAUUCUGGUAGCAGUGGAAGCGAUUUGAGCCAUGAAAAUGGCUUCUUUAAUCAAGAGAUGGGUUAUAAUCUUGGUCCUAGUGAGCCUACUUUGAGCUUAGGUUUUGAAAUGGCUGACUUGAGUUCUCCAACACUGCAACUACCAAGAAAUCUUAAUCACCACCACCAUCAUCAUCAGCAUCACCACCAUCAACCUCAAAUCUAUGGCCGAGAGUUCAAGAGAAAUGUGAGAAUGAUUAGUGGGGUUAAAAGAAGCAUCAGAGCUCCUCGAAUGAGAUGGACCACAACUCUCCAUGCUCAUUUUGUUCAUGCAGUCCAGCUUCUUGGUGGCCAUGAAAGAGCAACACCCAAAUCAGUUUUAGAGUUGAUGAAUGUGAAAGAUCUAACCCUAGCUCACGUGAAGAGUCACUUGCAGAUGUAUAGAACAGUGAAGAGCACUGACAAAGGAUCAGGUCAAGGCCAGACAGACAUGGGUUUGAAGCAAACGGCAGGAUUAAUUGUUGAUCUGGAUGCUGGAUUUUCUGCCGGAAAAGUUGAAACCAACCCUUGUUGUUCUCACAAUCCACCACCAACUCCGCCACUGCCAACCAUACAAAAAACCCAAAUAAGAGGUUCAGGUUCUUGGUCAUCAUCAAUGGAGACAAGGGACAAAAAUAGAUCAAACACUGAGGAUUCAACAUAUUCUCAUUUCAGUGCACAUGAUGCCAAGGAGGACAGACCCAUGGCAGCCCUCCAUAUGUCUGAAAGAGUGAAGGAGAGGUUGGAAUCUAGCUCCUUGUCACCUUCAGACAUGUUGGUUAAUCUAGAGUUCACUCUUGGAAGGCCAAGUUGGCAAAUGGACUAUGCUGAAUCAUCAAAUGAGCUGACUCUUCUCAAGUGUUAAAUCUAAUUAAUCUAAUCUAAUCUUCUUCUUUUUUUUCCCUUUUUUAAAUUAACGUGCAUGGACGAAGUAUCUAAUGUUUUUCAUGCAUCUCUUCCAUGUUCUUGGAAUUUUGUCUCAACUGUGAAAAAGUUGGGGAAAAAAAAUGGUAACUUCAAUUAUUAUGACAACAAAAUAUUUUGGUCUCCA